AUGCAAAGCGGAGGAGGGCCGUUGCCACCCGGUACGGUCAUACGUAACAUGGCAUCGGGGACCCCCACGUCCCAGCAGCAGCAGCAGCAACAACAACAGCAGCAGCAGCAGCAGCAGGCGGAUAUGAAACUCACAUCGCAGCAAGCAGCGAUGAUGAAUCAACAACAGCAAAAUGCGCUCUACACGCCGCAACCCGUGUUUCGUGGUACGGGCGGAGGUCAAUCUGCGCGGCCACGGGGUGCGAUGCAGAUCCCGUACCCCCAGAUGCAAAUGACCUUCAGCAUGGUACAGCCGGUGCCUCGAAUACCGGGUCCAUGGGGAAAUAUGAGCAAUUUGCAAGUGCUGUAUCCACCGUACAUGCUGUACCCACAGGCGGCCGGAGGUCGCCGUCAACAGGGAGGAGAAAACAAUUUAGUAAAUAUCUCGCAAGUGCCGCUGCAUCAGCAUGCUCACUCGAAUCAGCAGCCGUCACCGAUGCAGGUGACACACGAAAUGAUGCAGCAUAUGCAUCCACCGCAAGCUCCGCAACAAGUAGCCGCCCCGCAUGUGGCGCCUUUGGAGCAACAUCCGCAAGCAGGAACGGCGGGCCAAGUGGCAGUCGUUUCAUCGCAACCGCAUACUUCCUAUUCGCAGAUGUCGAAUCUAAUUGCCGCUCCGCCACCCCAUAUGCAACAAGGCGCCGGGGGUGGUGUGGGUGUAGGUAUCGUGGGUAUCGGUCCCGGUGGGCCCAACGAACCGACCAAGCAACCAGCAAAGCGAGAAAAGCGUAAGCAUGCUCUUCGUAUCAUCGAUCCCAGCACCAAUGAGGAUAUUUUAGAAAACAUGUUCAACGAUACGAGUUCGAGUGGUGGUGCCUCCGGGGGUGGAAGUUCUGUCUCUGCUACUGCUGCUCCGGCCGCAGUUUCUUCUGCCGGAACACCGGGACCAACGGCGCCGGUAGCACAGCCCGUCACUACGGCAUCGCACAUGGGAGAUUCGCAGGAUUAUUCAGACUAUCCGCCACAACAAUCGGGCCAAGACAUGGUGGUUCCUCCGCCGUUGGUGAGUCAAAUGCCCCCGCAGCAACAUCAUCAUCAUCAACCGCCACCUCAGAUGCUUUUAGCAGGACAUGAUCUAGGCCGUGUUCCAAACCACCAGCAGCAGGUUCCACCGCCACCGCAGCAGCAGCAGCAAGCUGUCGUUCCGGGAGGACAGCUGCCGCCAGGUCCGGCACACCCACAUGAUAUGUACGUCAGCGGGGGACUAAAGAUGAUGAAUCAUUCGCACCCUCCGCCUCAUUUACCGCCGCAUCUGGCAAAUGACAUGACGACGGUCACGGGUACACCCGUCGUGUCCGCUAUGUCCGACGGGCCCUCGGUAGAGAUACCCAACUCGUACAUUAAAAAGAAGAAGCAAAUCCCUGAUGGAACAAUGUACCAUUCGCAGCAGCAGCAGCAACAUCCGCACGCGAAGCAACAGCAACAGAUCCAUCAUUACCAUCAUUCGCAACAGCAGCAACAACAGCACCAGCAGCAUCAGCAACAACACCCACAGAUGCAUCAUCACCACCAGCAGCAACAGCAGCACCAUCAUCAACAUCAGCGGCAUCAUCAACAGCAUCUGCAACACCAGCAUCAACAUCAGCAGCAACAGCAGCAGCAUUCAUAUGUAAUACAACAGUCCCAGCAAGCUGUGGCCGUCGCCCAAGCAGCAGCAGCGGCAGCAGCACAUGCUCAGGCACAUGUUAAUGCACAGGCAGCGGCAGCAGCAGCCGCUUCGGUUCCUUCCAACCACUCUGGUGCCGUGAUUGUGGAAAGUGACAUGAUGGCUACUGGUGCACUUCCACCACCGCAGCACAGUGCAGCGACGAUCGUUGUGCAGCAGCAUUCGCACCAUCUUCAUCAUCAUCACAAUCAGGUAGUCGGGGCCAACUACAUGACAGAGCCACCUCCAUCGAUCGGUACCGCUGUUGCACCCAACGAUCGACGAUUCCGUACGAUAUCGGAAAAAUCCGUCACCGAAUCGAACCUAUCAUCGGAUGCCGAACCAUUCGUUUAUACCGGUAACAGCAACAGCAACACCACCACGAGCGGCUUACUGCAAGCUCCUCCACCGGCUGUUCCUUCCUCAAUUGCUGUCGCUACGGUGGAAACUGGUAACAGUGGCAGUAUCAACAGCGUGCCCGCUGAGAGUACCUCAGAAUCGGCGGAAAGAAGAGAUUCCGACGGUUCAGCAGUUGUCAAAAAGCCGGCGAGUAAAUUGGAAGAGCGUGCUAUGGACACGGCGGAACAAGAAGACACCCAGAAUGCGAACGUGCCUCAACAGCGGUCGAGUGAAAACAAUGCCAUCGAAAUUGUUAGCGAUCAGCAUACUGAUGAUACCGCUGAUCAGCUCGUUGAAAGCGUAGCGAAUUUGAACAUUGUCCAGGAUGAAAAGAUGUUGGCGUCGCAGCAGGGCGCCAAUAUAGCGGAACAGGUGGCGGCGGCCGAUGGCCAAAUGGAUGAGGCAGAACAUAUCCAUGCUGUUGGUGUUGGUGCUGACGCUGGUGUUGCCUCGGACGAGACAGAUCGGGCAGCUGCGAUAAUGCCCGAUGCGAUUGCUACAACUGCCAACAAUAUGAGUGCGGAACCGGCGGCCGAAGCGCCCUCCACUGCUGCUAUACAGCAAGUGAACUUUUUAAAUAAGGAACCUAGCGUUAAGCAUCUAGAUAAUGAUUAUAUUAAUAAUAACAAUGUGGAUUACACCAGACACUUAAGCUCGGUAGACGUCGACGGCAAGGGAGCCACGCCGUCGGUUGAUAAUGUAAAAGCGACCGGUAUGAUGCCGAAGGCAACCAGCGAGGAUCGCGAACAGCAGAAAAAGGAACAGCACCAAGGCGGCGAGACUGAUAAAAUCGUCCCAAACGACCGUAGCAUGAACGCUCAAAGCAGCAGUAAUAGUAGUGAUGUGGUCACGUCCAACAGUGUGGCAGCGCCCACGAUCAAUGCUGCCAGCGGUAGUUUGGACGAUAACCGUAACGUAGUUACAGAGCAUCCGUCAGUUGCAUCUGAUGCUGAGGCGAAACUUGUCCCAUCGGUAACUGCAGCCGAUGAGGGUAAGCAGGAAGAAUCGUCCCGAACGACGGCGACGGGGAUGGCGACGAUCACAACAACGACAACGGCACUGCCACCAGCAGGUGGUGGGCAAUCGAAGGCGAAACAGGUUGGUCCAAACACCGGCAACGUGGCACCACCGGUGCCGGUGGUAAAGAAAAGUAAGUCAAUAACACUGGUCAUGUACGAUCCGGAUCAGUGGAGUCCCGAGAAUCCGACCGGUAAGAAAAAGUAUUCGCGCGAACAGCUGAUGAUGUUGAAAAAUAUCCCUCCGGCCAACGAGAAGCCACCCAACUUGCCGAGCAACCUGGAGAACCUGCUCGUGCGAACGAACUAUGGAGGAGGAGGUGGCGGCAAUGCAUAUAGUAGCAAUAUCAAGGGCAAUGAAUAUUUGCUGCUACCGAACUUUAUGAAGAGCGGCGGUGGCAUGAUGCACCACAACCCGGUGCGGCCACCGUACGUGGCGAAACGUUCAUCGCAGCAAGGAAAUGCGGGUGGGGGAGGCAACCAGUCCGGUGGCGGUGCGCAGCCGAAUAAACAUUCGCAGCAGGGCUUGAGCAAGACCGGAUCGAAGAUCAUCAAGCUGAACCUGCAGCUGAACGAGGAGGUGAAGCUAAACUCAAGCGCUAACGCCUGGAAGCCGAGUCAGCUAAUGAAAAACGAUAACACCGAACAGGACGAAACGGAGAAACUGUUGCGAAACAUGCGUAGCAUCCUAAACAAAUUGACGCCGGAAAACUUUACCAAGCUGGUGGAGCAGGUAAAGAAGCUUUCCAUUAAGACGACGGAACAGUUCGAUGGGUGCAUUAAGCUUGUGUUCGAGAAAGCUAUCUCGGAGCCGAACUUUUCCGAGGCUUACGCAAAGAUGUGCCGCGAAAUCGGUUCGAUAGGCGUCGUGUCGAACGAUAAGUCCUUCCUUCCGAACAUUUUAAAGCAGUGCGAAAAAGAGUUCAUGGAGCGGCGCAAAGAUCAAGCGACUGCCGUGCGUGAGCGUCGGACGAAACUGGAGAAUAGCAAAAACUUGACUAAGGAAGAGUUCGAGGAGUUGAACGAACAGCUCGAGGAGGACGAAUUGAAGGUGCGGCGGAGAGCUGUAGGUAUGGUGCGGUUCAUUGGCGAGCUGUACAGGGAGGGGCUACUGCAUAACAAGAUCAUGUUGACAUGUUUCGAUACUCUGCUGCCCACGAAGCCCGAGGAGUAUUACGAAGCGUCGAUGGAGUGUCUGUGCAAACUGUUGACAACGGUUGGUGCAAAGCUGGAGCAGGCACAAGAAUCCAAGAUGCUCGAUGAUAAGGAUCAGAAGACACGUAAACCCCCGCUGGAAGGUUACUUCAAAAAGCUGGAGGACAUCGUUAAGCAGUUCGAAAAGUUCAAGAUUAGCAGCCGGAUUCGCUUUAUGAUCCAGGACGUGAUUGAUCUGCGCAAAAACAAUUGGGUACCGCGUCGCCAGGAGCUCAACCCGAAAACGAUCUCUCAGAUUGCCCGAGAGGCAGAAUCGGAGCAGAACCGUAUCAACAUGCUGAACUUCAUGCCGACCAAAGACAGCGGUGGCGGAUUCUCCGGUGGUGGUGGUGGCAGUAAUGCGGGACGUCCCGGAGGAGCUUCCCGAAGCGGAGGUGGAGCGUUGUACGGAAAGUCAUCCAGUGGCAGUGGUGCCUCGGGCUACAACCAGGGUAGCUUUGGACGAGGCAGUAGCGGUGGUGGUAGUGGCGGUUCCACCAAUAGACGAUUGCAGAAGGACGAAGAAGGAUUCCUGUCCGUCUCCAACAACCGUAGUAGUAAUCGUCCGUUCGCUAUAGAUCCAAAGAAGCUGCCAGUGACAGUGAACGUUGAUACAACGCAGCUGGGCAGGGCGUCCAACUACCAGCAGUGGAAAACCAACAUGUACACCGAGCUGUUUAACGAAGAAUGCACGACGCCAUCAUCGAGCGCGCUAGCGGAUCGCGACAAUCGCGACCGGGACCGCGAACGAGACCGUGAUCGAGAAAGGGAUCGUGAUCGUGAUCGUGACCGGGACCGGGACCGGGACCGGGAUCGCGACCGAGACCGAGACCGUGGUUCCAAUAAGGAACCGUACCAUGUAAAAACAGCCGAACGGGAUCGCUAUGGACGGUACGGUAGCAGUAGCAGUCAAAACGAGGAUCGCUAUGCCCGAUCAUCUCGGGAGCCUUCCUCUUCUUCCGGUGGUGGUGGUAUGGAUCGCGAAUGGGAAAGAAACAAGAUGGGUCCACCGAUGCAAAACAGAGGUUCCAACAACCAGUUGCAGCAACCACCGCGAAUGAAUCGAAUGGGACAAUCUUCCUCCACUUCGGGGCAAUUUUAUCAGCAGCUGCAAAUGCCUCCAGCACCAUCGUCGUCAUCGUCAUCGACGGGACCUGCGCCAGCGACGCCUACAGGCAGUGAGGGAGGACUUUGCAAUGCUGAAAGUAACGAAGCGUUCGGCGAGCAAUGGGUAAGUCAGAUAGAGGAACUGGCUGGCAAAAUAGUGGUGAGCCGAAGCUCGCCUAGCUAUUUCUACACCGUGGCGAAGCAGCUCGUGAAUAAGACUAUCGAUAGCACACGAAAACGUAAUGCGGGAGCGGAACACGUUGCGCAUAUACUGCGAUAUAAGAAGAUCGAUCGUACGGAAUUCCAACACAUUUUCAAGGAUUUGCUGCAGGAUGUUGAAGGCCUGUUGCUCGAUGUGCCCCUGCUGUGGGAAUAUCUGGCAGAAUUUUUCAUACCUCUACUCCACCAGGGGCUUUUCACGCUGCAGGAUGUGCGGCAGCUGUUUCAAGGCUUUUUCAAACACGAGACUGAGUACCCAUGGCUAUUGCUGUCGGCAAUCCAAAAGAGAUAUAAAGAAAUCCACGGUGAAGAAUCGACCACAAAGCUGUGGGCAGAGGAUCCGCUCGAUUUUAGGGAAUCUAUCAAUUCUUCCAAUGAGAAGUCGGCGGUCAAGCAACCUUUGGCCGAUGCCAAGCUUGGCCAUCUGAACUCGCUGGGGCCGAACAUUCGGCGACUAAUGAAGAACAAUGCACCGAACGAGGAAAUCUUCAAAUUUAUUGACGCGUAUGUCACCGAAGAGCAGGUCGACUCGAUCGAGGUCAUCCGCACACUCACGAGGGUCGUGUUCGAGCACUGCAUCAACAACAUGAAGUUCGACCCUUUAAAGCUGAAACAGUGGCACAUGCUGCUGCAACGAUACCUCUGCGGGAAGGCUGAGCGCGAGCUGGAGGCCCUGUUCGCGAUCCAACUGCUGAUGGUAGAGCUGCAGCAUCCGCCGAACAUGCUGAACAUGAUCUUCGUCCAGCUGCACGAGCUGGGUGUUAUCCUGGACGGUUUCAAGCUUUGGCUAGUGGAGAAAAACGACCACGAGCAGGAAGGCCGGGGCGUCUGUAUUCAAUUGACCAAACAAUUCUUCGUGGGUUUGUGUGAAGCCGACAGCGACGUGCUGGUCGGUGCUGCACCGGCCUCGUUGCAGCUGCAAGAGAAGUUCCGUACCAAGGUUGGACGAGACGUUGAUAUCGCGCAGGGCUAUGGCAUGACGGAAAGUUCACCGGUUACACUCUGUACGCCACAUCGUUACGAUCAGUCGAAGGUCGGCACGUGUGGUCAGCUGUAUCCCAACACAGAAGCAAAGAUCGUAUCACUCACGGAUGGUAGCAAUCUUGGGCCGCAUCAGACCGGAGAGUUGUACCUCCGUGGGCCACAAAUUAUGAAGGGCUAUUUGAACAAUGAAACCGCCACCAAAGAAACGUUGGUUGAGAACGGUUUCCUACGUACCGGAGAUGUCGCCUAUUACGAUAAGGAAGGAUUCUUUUUCAUCGUCGAUCGGACGAAGGAGUUGAUUAAGGUGAAAGGAAACCAGGUAUCUCCAACGGAGCUAGAAAAUAUUAUUCUCGAGCUACCGGAAGUUAGCGACGUGGCGGUUGCUGGUGUGCCGGAUGAAACGGCAGGUGAACUUCCGCGUGCCUUUGUCGUCGUUAAGCCGGGUACCGACCUGAAUGAGAAGGAGGUACAGGACCACGUGAAGGAGCGAGUCGUCAAAUACAAACAGCUGGCCGGUGGUGUAAUAUUCGUCAAAGAAAUUCCACGCAACGCGGCCGGCAAAGUCAUCCGACAGCAGCUACACAUGAUUGCAGCUCAGUUCGAGGACUGA